AUGGAACUUAUGUUCGGCGAAGUUGAUGAAUCACACAAUGUUUUUCUCGAGAGGUCAAGUCCUGUGACGGAGGUCAAUAACUGUGUUAGUCAAACAAAGAAUAACGAAAUUAAGGUGCCCGAUAAUAAUGAUAAUGAAACUUCAGGAGGAAGCAAUAGUGUAUUACCCCAUGAAGAAAGUGGGAUACAGCCUUCUACUUAUCAUGGUAAAAAUUUGCUGUCAAAUGAAGCCAGACCAAGUGAAACUUAUUCUUAUGAUUCUGAGCAACAGCAUAGUAAUCUCAGACCGUGGAAGCCUGUGGACCAGCGAUUUACUGCUUUGAAAUAUGCAUGCGAUAAGCUGUUAGGUGAUAACUGUGCGCUUUAUGAAUGUGGUCCUAGAUGGCAUGUUGAUGUAGACGAAGCAUCGAAAAGUAAUGGGCCUGUUCGUACAACCCCUUCUCUCAACAGAAGUGGUAAUUUUGGUGUUGAUUUGUUGAAACCACAAUGUUGGCAACCUACAGCUGAAACAUACAAUAAGUGGAGAGCGAGGGUUCGUGCUUUGGGUAAUUAUGCAAAAUGGCACCAAGGGGAGUUAUUUAUACACAACUUUGGACCCAGCGAUCGUCAGUUGUUUAAUGAUGCAGUUAUGAAAUUUGGUCUUCCACCACCUGGUAUUAUUCCGCCCCGAAAUUGGCUUCCAUCAGCUUUACAUCAUAAAUCUCACCUUCAUCUCUUUGGUUAUGUGGACUUAUACAUGAAGCAUCUAUGUGAUGACCGAUAUGCUUUAGAUGAUUCGAAAGACACAUGGUCCGAUGGUUUACCUAAGGAACACCUGUGCGUCCCUGCUGUACUAUCACGUGUUGCAAUGCUGGUUCUUAUUAGAAAUAAAGUAUUAGAAUAUGAAGAUAUUAACGGUGCAAGAAGUAUUGCUACUGAUAUGGCUGGAGACUCUGAAAUGAUACUAAAGAGUCAAAGAAUUUGGCAUUCACGUCAUGAUUAUUGGUUGCUUGCUGGUAUACUUGUUCAUGGAUAUGCCAAUUGGGAUGAUAUACUGGCCGAUCCACGUUUCGUUAUAGUAAAAUUUGGAGUGUCUGGUGUACUAGACGCUAUGAAUAGACUUAUGAAUUCUGAAUUAACAACUGUGCCUGUACGUAUUCCCUCAGACUAUACCGAAUUUCAUGCCUUUUUAACGGAUCGUUUAAAAUUGAUUGAGCAAGCUUUAGUUAUCGAACAAUCUUUAUAUGAAGUUGCUGAAGUUGCUGUUACCAGAAGCACAGACCAGACAUCAUUAGAUUCAGGUCGUAUUAAAGAUGCAGCUGUUAAUUUAUCUAACAAAUUAAUUCUAUCGGAUACCAAUAAAUGUAUUGUUUUACCUAAGGAUUCAAAAGCAAAAGAAGCAACACGUGCAGCGGUUCGUAAUCUUCAGGAUCUACUUGAAGAUAUGUAUGCAGAUCUUCCUGGUAUGCCAGCCUCAUUAAUAAUCAUAGAUGGAUGUAACAGCGAUUCCAAAGCGAAAAACGCGCCAAAUCUAUCGAAUGAAAGUAGGAAUGGUAUGAUUGCUGACACCUCAUCGCAUUUAUCAAACAAUAUACAAACGGAUGCCUAUAAUAAUGGUGACCAUAGUGUGACUAGUGACAAUGAAUUAAUUUCAGGCGAACUAACUCGUUCUUGUAAUGAAAGAGGUGUUGUUGAUUGUCCAAAACUUCUGUCGGAAACAUUCCACCAUAGUUGUGAAGCUGAUAAACUUCAAAGCACAUCUCUGUCCGAUGAGCCCAUAGUUAUUGUAUUGUCCGACGACGAAGAUAGUGUGCAACAAAAUUCUAUUGAGAGUCAAGCGACUGAUCGUUUCAAUCCGGAAAACGACACUACCAAUAAAAAUAAUGCUGGCGAAGUUUGUGUAUUUUCAAACCUACCUAAAACAGUCAGUGGUGGUGGUAACUCUCUGUACUUCACUAGUUGA